GCGCCGUGCGGGCGGCGCCGAGGCGCGGGCGGGCGCGGCGGGAUGUCGGGGCCCAACGGAGACCCGCACGUGCUGGGCGGCGGCACCGGCGACGACAGCGACGACGGCGGCGACACCUUCGAGGAGGAAGAAUAUGCAGCAAUAAAUUCCAUGCUGGACCAGAUCAACUCCUGCUUGGAUCACCUGGAGGAGAAGAAUGAUUACCUACACAUCUGCUUGAAGGAACUGCUGGAGUCCAACCGCCAGACCCGGCUGGAGUUCCAGCAGCAGAGCAAGCAGCUGAACACAGGAGCUGAUGUACAGGGAUCCCAGCCUCCUGCCUAGAGGAGUCUGACCACACACUCUCAGCUGGUGUUGCUAAGGGGACAAUUGCUGGCCACCAAUUUAAUGUAAAACUUGAAUAGAAGAGGUGCCUCAUGUCUGGUACUUGUUCCUUUCUGUGUAUCCUGCCAUUCAUCUCCAUGUUCUGUUUUCCUUUAGCUGUGAGACAGGUGCAGAAGCACAAGGGAGGGUGUAGGAGAGCUGGUUCUUUCUGCUCCCCAACAUGAGCCUGGCACUCACAUUUGGGUAAAGCUAGCUGUAAGAAACCUGAGGCCAUGCGAGUAGUUUGCAGGUAGGCUCUCUUCACAAGUGGAAAAAUUAUCUCUGCUCUCAUUUCCUUAAAUCCAAGACAGGAGUAUUAUGGUUCUACCUGUGGGCAACUGUCUGAGGCCUAGGAAAAUCCAGCCAGGAUUUUUCCCAGGCUGGAUGAGCUUUGCUGUCAGGCUCCUUAAGGACAACAACCCAAAACAAAGAUUACAUGCUAGACGCUAAAUUACCUGCUAGAUGCUAGUCACAGACUGUGUUUCUAAAAGGGGGUCUUGCUCCUCUGCCCAAAGAAGUUUCUCUGAAUUGUUUUGCACGAUGUAUGCUAUUUAAACCUAUGAUUUCCUUGAAUAAAUGCUCUUUCUUGCUCUUGUAA